AUGGCUUUUAUCAGAGCCAGACAGAUAAUGGAUGCAAUGCUUAUAGCUAAUGAAGCAAUUGAUUCUAGAGUGUCCCAGAAGAAACCUGGUAUACUAUGCAAACUUGAUAUUAAGAAAGCAUAUGACCAUGUGAAUUGGGAUUUCAUUUUAAGUAUGCUGAGACAAAUGGGAUAUUGUAGCAGAUGGAUCAGUUGGAUAAAGUUUUGUAUUUCAACUGUUAAGUUUUUAGUACUCAUCAAUAGGUCUCCUGAAGGCUUUUUCCGUGCAUACAGAGGAAUCAGGCAAGGGGAUCUCUUAUCACCCUUCCUGCUCAUCAUAGCUAUGGAGGGGCUUAACAAUAUGUUGAAGAUAGUCAAGACAACAAGAAUAAUACAGGGAUUUGAAGUCAGUAAGGUUGUUGGGAAUAGUAUGGAGAUCACACACCUACAGUAUGCUGAUGAUACACUAAUUUUUUGUGGGGCUGAGGAGGAGCAAUUGCUGAUUUUGAGACUUAUACUAGUCUACUUUGAAGCUAUAUCUGGACUACAUAUAAAUUGGAACAAAAGCCAUUUGUAUCCAAUUAAUGUGGUUCCGAAUAUGGAACACCUCUCACAAACCUUGGGAGGAGUGAUAGGUACUCUGCCAUCAGUAUACUUGGGCAUGCCUUUGGGGGUAAAGUCUGGAGCCAUAGACAUUUGGAACCCAAUAUUGCAGAAAUGUGAAAAGAAACUAGAAAGAUGGAGAUCAUAA